CAUUCGCAACUCUACGAGAACAUCGAUUAUCAACUUGUUCAUUUUAAAUUUACAAUACAAAAUCCAAUUGGAAUGCAAACAAACAUGUAACGAUCAACAAACCCGUCCCGGGUUGAUAACAUUAGCAAAAUGCGUCCCCAUUAGACGCGCAUUAAACUUUGUUUCGUAGUUCAGUCGCGAUUUCAUCUCGCUACGCAGUGUAACUCGGUUAUCGCCGUUCUAGAAAUGUUCAUUGCGUCCCGUUUCCAGCGUUCGAUGGAUCGCGUCCGAUCUCAGUCAGACGACUUCUUCUCACAUACGUCGGUUCACGGUUUGAAGUACCUUGCGUCCGCUUCCGGUCGACGAUCACCCAUCGAGAGAAUACUUUGGGCUGUGAUAUUCCUGGUCUCAAUUUCAACGUGUGCGAUUUUGGCACGAGAAAUCUACCGACGGUGGCAGCAAACUCCGGUUAUUGUAGGCAUCAACGAACGCAUGACCUCGAUUUGGGAGAUUCCAUUUCCUGGCAUGACUAUCUGCCCAGACCUCCCAUUGACUAAUUUUACAGUGGGCUGCGAUGGACACUGCAAAAUUACAAAAACCUUCGUGGCAGAGUCCACUUGUCACACGAUCAACUCACUUUCCAUGCAGGAAAUGUUUCAGCCGGACCUUCUGACAAAUGCUAGGAAUUACCCCUAUCUUCGUGGUAUUAAUAUAAAGUCCAACUGGGAUCUCGAUAAUGGAUACGAUAACAGCUUGAGCUUUGAAGAUAACUAUCACUCCUAUCCAAAGCGGUUUAUCCUAGGCAUGGGUGGCCAGUUUCUGGAUAUAGAUAUUAAAUAUCGCAAAAGUGAUUUCGUCAAUAUAGACGGUAAGACUCAGUUCUUCUCGAUCAUUCUACACCUCCCAAAUGAGUAUCCACAAAAGAUCAAUGGGUUUCACACGGUACCAGCUGGUCAAAGCUUCGUAUUGCACUUAUCGCCUCAAAUGAUGAUUACUUCGGAGGAACUUCGAAGCUAUCCGCCCCAUAAACGGCAAUGCUUUUACCAGGAUGAAAAACAACUCAAAUAUUUCAAACAUUACACGGAAUCUAACUGCAAACUCGAAUGGUACAAUAACCGUAGUGAACAAUGCAACUGUACAAUGUUUCCAGUCCCGAAUCAGAAGAACCGAAAGUUAUGCAGCCUUUUUGAUGACAAUGCCGAUUGUUUGAUCGAUUCUUGGCACUCUCUGACGAACCUUACUUUGGUGAACCAAAUGAAACAGCUGCAAAACUAUAAACUGGAGAAGCUAUCGGAGGAAGCUUGCAUGCCACCGUGCACUUCCAUAUACUACGAUGCCGAUAUUGCACUGUUGACUUCGAACUCCAUCAAACCCUCGGAACACUACGUCACCACUACGCUGAGAGCUCAAUUCCGAUCGCCACAGUUUGUGGCGUGGAAGCGUCGUGAGCUGUUCAGUACGACCGAUCUCAUAGCCAGCAUCGGGGGACUGGCGGGACUUUUUGUCGGCGCAAGUCUGCUGAGCAUCGUGGAGCUGAUUUAUUUCUUCAGCAUUCGACCCAUUAUCGCAGGCAAACGGCUGACGUACGAGGUUCCACCCGAAAGCGAAGAAGAUUACCGAAGAGCGGCGCAUUCGCAGCUGAUUGGAGGGAAAGGCAAUUGAAAGGAAUCGUUGCAAUGGUGGAUUUUUUUUUUUUUUUUUUAAUCUUUAUUUGAGUGUAUUUUAACGCACGAGGGCUAGUUCUACACUUACAAUGGUGGAUUGGAUUAAAUGCGUGAGUGAUAUGCUCGUAGGUGAAUAAAUUGAGUCAAAACCCCAGUCGUUCGCAAGUAUUGGUUUAUAUCAGAGUAAAAUUUCUUCCGUGUGGUACUUUAGAGCUAUAAUUUUAUAAUAUAUUGAUGCACAUUUCCAUUUGAAUAUUUCUCUACUAAAAAAUCCAAAUUGUUCUUGAGUUUGGAUUCUAGUUAUCAUUGGAUUGUAAACCAGUUUAAACUUAAGCAAUUCUUUCAAUACAAUUUUCUUCCAAUUCAUAUAGCUUCAUUUUGCAUCCAGAAAUGUACUGAUACGAAUACUAGAAAUUUUGAAAUCUGCAUGGCACACUGAAGUUGUGAUUGUAUGUUUUUGUUCGCAUCAAGUUGUUCUACUCAUACAAAACGGUUUGAAUAUAUCCCUAACAGUUAAGUGACCACAGCGCUUAUGCCGAUAUUGCAUAGCAAUUGAUAUAGCAAAAUUAUGGAUAUAUUAAAAAUAUUUUGUUGGAUUAAUAUAUCAGGAUAUCACGAUACAUAUUGAAGUUGAUGACCACAACUCAAGUAUGUUCUAGGCAUUCUAAUACUUUCAACAUUUUUUGAGACAUAAUGAAGUGCUAUGGAUAUAAAACAGAGUGUUAUAACAUAAUUCAUAAGUCUACGUUAGUUGUACAGUCAGCACCAUAAGAAACUACGAAAAUUAUACGAACGUGAAUGUAGCACUCACAAUCGUUAUUUUAUUCUUUUCUUGUUAUCUUUUUUCUCAUUCAGGAUGAUUCUGCGAGUAGGAUGAAUCGCGACAAGUUUAUCUCAAAUGGAAGCAACUCAAU